CCGUUGCUCCCUACAUCCCACGGCUCCAAAACUCUAGGGUUAUAGAACGUUCUGGAAUUCUAACGCUCCCAACGCUAUAUAAACCCCUCCGAUACUCGGCCUCUCAUCACUUAACAAACCCUAGCAGCUAGUAGUUUUUCAUCCUCUUCUUUUUGAUUUAUUUUCGUUGAUAUAUUCGUCGACGAAAACCUAGAAUAUACAAUGGCCGGCAAAGGAGAGGGACCAGCCAUCGGUAUCGAUCUCGGCACCACCUACUCCUGCGUUGGUGUAUGGCAACACGACCGUGUUGAGAUCAUCGCCAAUGACCAGGGAAACAGAACGACGCCGUCUUAUGUCGCUUUCACAGACACCGAGCGUUUGAUCGGUGAUGCUGCUAAGAACCAGGUCGCCAUGAACCCCAUUAACACCGUAUUCGAUGCUAAGAGGUUGAUUGGUCGUAGAUUUUCUGAUGCAUCUGUCCAGAGUGACAUGAAAUUGUGGCCAUUCAAGGUCACCCCUGGACCUGGUGACAAGCCCAUGAUCGGUGUCUCUUACAAGGGAGAAGACAAGGUCUUCGCUGCUGAGGAGAUCUCCUCCAUGGUCCUUAUCAAGAUGCGUGAGAUUGCUGAGGCUUACCUAGGCAGCACAAUCAAGAACGCCGUGGUCACAGUCCCUGCCUAUUUCAACGACUCUCAGAGACAGGCCACCAAGGAUGCCGGUGUCAUUGCUGGAAUCAAUGUCCUCCGUAUCAUCAACGAGCCCACAGCAGCUGCCAUUGCCUAUGGUCUUGACAAGAAGGCCACCAGUGUUGGUGAGAAGAAUGUCUUGAUCUUUGACCUUGGAGGCGGUACUUUUGAUGUGUCUCUUCUCACCAUUGAGGAGGGUAUCUUUGAGGUCAAGGCCACAGCCGGAGACACCCAUUUGGGAGGUGAAGAUUUUGACAACAGAAUGGUGAACCACUUUGUUCAGGAGUUCAAGAGGAAAAACAAGAAGGACAUCAGCGGCAACCCAAGAGCCCUCAGGAGGUUGAGGACUUCAUGUGAAAGGGCGAAGAGAACCCUCUCAUCCACUGCCCAAACCACCAUUGAAAUUGACUCUUUGUAUGAGGGUAUUGAUUUCUACUCCACCAUCACCCGUGCCAGAUUCGAGGAGCUCAACAUGGACCUUUUCAGAAAGUGUAUGGAGCCCGUCGAGAAGUGUUUGAGAGAUGCCAAGAUGGACAAGAGCACAGUCCAUGAUGUCGUGCUUGUUGGUGGAUCAACCAGAAUUCCCAAGGUGCAGCAGCUUCUUCAGGACUUCUUCAACGGCAAGGAGCUUUGCAAGAGCAUCAACCCCGAUGAGGCUGUCGCCUACGGUGCCGCAGUCCAGGCUGCCAUUCUCAGCGGUGAGGGCAACGAGAAGGUCCAGGACCUUCUUCUAUUGGAUGUCACCCCACUAUCUCAAGGUUUGGAAACUGCCGGAGGUGUCAUGACUGUUUUGAUCCCCAGAAACACAACCAUCCCCACCAAGAAGGAACAGGUCUUCUCAACAUACUCCGACAACCAGCCCGGUGUGUUGAUCCAGGUCUAUGAAGGAGAAAGAACCAGAACCAGGGACAACAACUUGCUCGGAAAAUUCGAGCUUUCCGGCAUCCCACCUGCACCCAGAGGCGUCCCCCAAAUCACUGUUUGCUUCGACAUUGAUGCCAACGGUAUUUUGAACGUGUCGGCCGAGGACAAGACCACCGGACAGAAGAACAAGAUCACAAUCACCAACGACAAGGGCAGGCUCUCAAAGGAGGAUAUUGAGAAGAUGGUCCAGGAGGCAGAGAAGUACAAGUCUGAGGAUGAAGAGCACAAGAAGAAGGUUGAGGCCAAGAACGCCUUGGAGAACUAUGCCUACAACAUGAGGAACACCAUCAAGGACGAGAAGAUUGGGGCCAAGCUGCCGCCAGCAGACAAGAAGAAGAUCGAGGACUCGAUCGAAACUGCCAUCCAGUGGCUAGACACCAACCAGCUCGCAGAGGCCGAUGAGUUCGAAGACAAGAUGAAGGAGUUGGAGAGCAUCUGCAACCCAAUCAUCGCCAAGAUGUACCAGGGUGCUGGUGCUGACGGUGCUGGCCCUGUUGAUGAUGAAGCUCCAGCUGGUGCAAGCGGCCCUGGACCCAAGAUUGAGGAAGUCGACUAAAUUUCUGCUAUGGUUUAAUUUAAUUUCGGAAUUUUAGGUGUUUUUGAACUUAAUAUUUUUAUGCUUUUUUCAUAUUUUUGCCUUGGAAGUUAUUUAUCAAGGCCUUUUUUAAGUUUCUUUUUAAAUUUGCGGAACCUAUAGGCACCGUGGUAUUUUUUCCUGGAUCUCUUUGCACCGGGGCCUUGUUAUUUUUUGGAUCAAUUAUAAUUUACAAGUUUACUUUUUAGCCAAA